CUGCUUCCCCCCCGCUCCGCUGGCUUCUUCCCCCCUCCCCAGCUCCUCCGCCCUCCUCCCCCCCCUUUCCCCUUCCCCUUUCCCUCCCCACCCGGGAGGAGAGGCACGGAGUGACCGAGGGAGCCAGAGCUCCGGCCGCUCCGAGACCCCGCUCUCCUCCAUGGGGCCCAGGUAAGCGCGCCGCCUCCCCCCCCUCCCCUCCGCCUCCCGCCUCCUUGGAGGCGAGCAGGGGAGGGGGUCGCCAUGGCCUCCCGCCCGCCCCCUCCCCUCCGGCGGCAGCACCGGGCCGCCCCCAUCCUCACGGCUGCCUUCAGGCUAGGCGAGGCGGGCAGCGCUCCGGGGGCGGCGGGGAGCCCCCCUCCCCCAGCUCCACCGCUCCGGCACCUCCGCUUCGUUUAUUAUCAUCGUUAUUAUCACUCCUCCGCUCCCCUUCCCUUCCCUUCCCUCCUCUCCUCUCCUCUCCUCUGCUCUCCCCACCACCCCCCUGCGCCUGGGGCUGAGCCCGCCGGCCGUGGCGGGGGGGAGCGGGGGCCGAUCGUUCCCCUCCCUGCCCGCGGAGGGGGCACGGUGCCUUCUUUGGGACGCGAUGGCUUAUUUGGUGUGGGUGGAUGGCUUAACUUGCUGGUAAUUUCUGCUGCGUCAACACCCAGCUCAAGGGAGAGCAGAGGAGACAAGGGGGCAUUUUAGCAGCAGCCUCACUUGCGAAUAGCCGAGCCUCAAUCCCGGCUCCAGCCUUCAAACCCUUUCCGCCCCCUAAAAAUCAGCAUCCGUGCAAGUUGGACCAAGAGUUUGUCAGGAGUGUGGUUCAAAACUGCUUGGAAAAAGGGAUGAGGACACCUGAUGAUCCUUUUGGAGCUUGUCACCAGAGACCAUUCUCCUCUCUUCCUUAAACCAUGCACCAUCCAGCCCUGAAACAUCCUGACUUUUCUUUUUGCUGACAGGAAUCAUCUUCAAGCCUUGUUCUGCCUUUCCCCUCCAAGAGCUCAGCCCAGUGCUGUCAGAAGGUUGCAGACACUGUGCUGCCCUGGGGCUGUUGAUGUCCUCAGCUGGUGUAGGAGAAGUGCUAGACCUGGAACCCAGUUUGUUACUGGAUUUGUGGAAGAGGAAACACAAAGACUUCCAGAUGAACAACAGGAAGGAAGAGAUGGAGAUAGCUUCCCACUACCGGCAGCUGCUGCGUGAGCUGAACGAGCAGCGCCAGCACGGCAUCCUCUGCGACGUCUGCAUCAUCGUGGAGGGGAAGAUCUUCAAGGCCCACAAGAACGUCCUGCUGGGCAGCAGUCGGUACUUCAAAACCCUCUACUGCCAGGUGCAGAAAAGCUCCGAGCAGGCUACUGUCACCCACCUGGACAUCGUCACCGCGCAGGGCUUCAAAGCCAUCAUCGACUUCAUGUACUCGGCGCACCUGGCGCUGACCAGCCGCAAUGUCAUCGAGGUGAUGUCGGCUGCCAGCUACCUGCAGAUGACAGACAUCGUCCAGGCCUGCCACAACUUCAUCAAAGCAGCUCUGGACAUCAGCAUCAAGUCGGACGCCUCGGAUGAGCUGGCGGAUUACGAGCUGGGAGCCCCCUCCGGUGGCAGCGCGGACGCUCUCCUCUCGGCCGUGGUGGCCGGCAGGAGCAUUUCUCCCUGGCUGGCUCGGAGAACCAGCCCAGCAAACUCCUCUGGGGACUCAGCCAUCGCCAGCUGCCACGAAGGAGGGAGCAGUUACGGCAAAGAGGAUCAGGAACCCAAAGCAGACAGCCAGGAGGAGGUCUCGUCCCAGUCCCUUUGGUCCGGUGACGCGGGCUAUGGGUCCUUACGCGUCAAGGAGGAGCAGGUUUCCCCGUCCCAUUACGGAGGGGGCGAGCUGCAUUCUGCCAAGGAUAGUGCAAUACAGACUGGGCUCUCGGAGCCAGCAGGUGGGGAUGGCUGGCAGCCCACGGGCCGCAGGAAGAACAGGAAGAACAAAGAGACUGUCAGGCACAUCACGCAGCAAGUGGAGGAGGGCAGCAGGGCUGCUUCUCCGGUGCCGUCCUUUGUACCUGCCUCUGGGUGGCCCUACAGCAGAGACCCGGGCGCUGAGGCGGCCGCCGCGGAGCCCGGCAGCUCUGCCAGCAGAGCGGAGCGGCCAGAGCCCUACGCACAGGUGGAGGAAGCCGUGCCGGGGGGAGAGGGCAGCUACCUCCCCCAGCCCCUCACUCCGGAGAAGGAGGAUGCGCUGCAAGCCGCCACCGUCGCCAACCUGCGCGCGGCUCUCAUGAGUAAGAACAGUUUGCUGGCUCUGAAGGCUGACGUGCUGGGAGAGGACAGUUCCCUGCUGUUUGAGUACCUCCCCAAGGGCACCCAUUCUCUCUCUCGGCCUGGCACCAACUCGAAUCCUUCAGGGGGUGAAGGUGAUGGCAAAAUGGAAGCACCAUCUCCCCCACUGCCUUCAUCACACCCUCCCACUCAGAGCCCCCCCGAGACCUGCUCUUCUGGUGAUAUGUCACCAGAAGCCGUGCUCAAAGGAGAGUCUGUGCCCUCUGCAACCCAGGCUGCUUGUGAUGGGAUUUUAGCACUCUGGCAGCUUGAGAACUCUGAUUCAGAUACCAGCUUCUCCCGCUCCGAAGACAUGGACACAGACAGCCUCUGCCUGGACUCAGCCCUCGCCAAGAGGCUGACCUGUGGCUUCUGCAGGAAGGUUUUCCAGCGUGCUGAAGAGCUGAAGGAGCACAUCCACGAGCAUGCCUUCUCCAUGCUGCUGCCCUUCGACCUGGCUGAGAGCGCCCGGCCCGCCCUGGCCGACGUGGUGCCCCCCGGGCAGCUGGCUCGCUUCCAGUGCUCCAAGUGCCCUGCCAGCUUCACCCUCAAGUCCAACAUGGACCGGCACGAGAAGACCAUCCACUUCAACUUCAACGAGUUCACAGUCAUCAGGAAGAAGUUCAAGUGCCCAUACUGCAGCUUCUCAGCCAUGCACCAGUGCAUCCUGAAGAGACACAUGAGGUCCCACACGGGAGAGAGGCCCUACCCCUGCGAGAUCUGCGGGAAGAAGUUCACCCGCCGGGAGCACAUGAAGAGGCACACCCUGGUCCACAGCAAGGACAAGAAGUAUGUCUGCAAGGUCUGCAACCGAGUCUUCAUGUCUGCAGCCAGCGUGGGCAUCAAGCACGGCUCUCGCCGCCACGGCGUCUGCGCCGACUGCUCCGGCAGGGGCAUCGCCGGGCACCUGGACCAGAACGGAGCAGAAGGCUCCCCAGAGGAAUGCUACCCUGGGGAGAACCAAUACAUGGAAGACCCAGAGGACAUCAAAGUGGAAGGAGAUGAGGAGAUGGGAGAGGAGGACGACAUCAAGUGGAAGGAGGACGUGGGCAUGUCACAGGAGGAUGUGAUUUUAGACGACGACAAAGACGUCGACUCCCCGCAGGAGCAGGACAACUCUGGGGAGCAGGACAAGGAUUUCACUUGGAUUUCUUAGGGAAUUCUGGGUUUGGGAUUAUUUUUUUUUGUUGUUGUUGCUGUUUCUGAGGUUGUUUUGUUUGGGUUUUGAUUUGGUUUGGCUCUGUCCUUUGUAGGGGGAGGGAGGGGGAGGAAGGAGUAUGUUGGAGAAGAAAAAAACCCAGCUGGAGUAGCCUUUGUUGUCGUCCAUGUGUGCAAAAUAACUCUUGUGUGUCCUAAGCAGCUCCUCCUCUGUCCCACUCAGACACUGGCUUAGCAACGUUGCUUCCAGCAGCACCACUGACUUUUGCCUUCCCCCCCACUUCUCCCUCCACCAGCAGUCCCCAGCCAGCCUCAGGUGUGAGCUCUGGGUGCAGCGUGAGUCCUCAGACUCUUCUUUCCCACCCUCUCAACCCAGCACUGGGGAGAUUUGUGUCCAAACCAACCCUUCUUUGGACUUCUUUGGUGGUGGUUAUUUGCCUCUCUUUGGUUUUUAACCACCUCAUCUCUCUGCCCAGCAGCAGUGGAGUGCCAAAGUGUGAGGUGGUGGAAGCAGAUGGCUGUGAGCCUUGGAGGGCUUCCUUCCAUGAAGCAGCCUUUGGCAAAGUCGUUUCAGGAGAGCUUUUAGUGGGGAUUGUGGAGCCAGGUAGACCAAAAAAGGGAGUCAGGUUCUAGCCUUGGGAGUUCUUCUCUUAGAUCUUUACCUUCCAAGAGUCACCACCAAGAAAAGGUAGAUCCUGAGGCUCCUUGGACCUACUGGGGUCUUACCCACCUCCUGUCUUCCAGCCCUGGUCAUCCACGCUCACUGCCUGCCUGUUGGUGCUUCCAGAAGCACCCUUUGCCCUCAGGGGCAUGGGGCACUCUCUGCCUCUCCUCCUCCUCUGCAAAUAUCUUCACUUCUCUCCUUUAGCCCAGCUGCCUUUUCAGAAAUAUAUGCAAACAGUAGCAAAAAACAAACCCAGAAGAGAGUUCCUCCCCCAGGAGGAGCUGGGAAAGGAGGGAAGCCGAGAUGGGGAGCUCCAGAUGCCAGCUGGGUGGAAGCCUUGCUGCUCCUGCCCUCGGUGGCACCAGGAUUCCACCUGGGUGCCACCUUCUUCCUUGGCAGUCAAAACCUUCUCUCCCCACUGCACAGCACAGCACCUCCUUAGCUCUCGAUGGAAGCCUUCAGUGGUUCCAGGGCAAGUUUCAGUGAAGCCUCUUAGUCUGAGGGUAAAUCAGCCUCGGGUUUCUCUCCCAGCCUCUGCUAACAGACUCUAGGGGGGGAGCUUCUCCUCCUCCUCCUCCUCCUCCCUGUCGGCCACGGUUGCCUUCUCCCAGCUCCAGCUGAACGACAGCAGCACCGAAAGUGCGUCGGAAGUUGCUGAGAAGAAGCUUUUGCCUUCCCCUCUCUGCUUUCUGGUGCUUCGGUCACUAACAAAGCCAAGCUGCUGACCUCGCCCUCCCCUCGCCGGGGAGCAGCUUUGUCUCUGACAAUGGGAGCCUGAAACCUGCCCCAGGAGGCGACUGUUGCCAGAAAGCCAAAUGCCUCAAGGUGCUAUUUGCCUCCCUCGGUGGGAGCAGUGAUCCCUGCGGGAAGCCUGAGAGCAAAGCCUGCUUCCACCCAGGGAAGGCUGUCAGAAGUAAGUUGUGCAGUCAGCCCCCAGCCCAGCUGCCUGCUGCCAGGAUUUGGUGGGGUGUGGUGGCACCCACAGCAGCUGGGUCUUGAUUUGUCCCUGUGUUGGAGGCCUGGUGCAUGGUGUUUGGAUUCUGGGGAGCUGAGGGUCCUGCACAGUGCUAGAUUUGUGAUCCUGGGCAAGCUGCUUCUAGCAGAGGAGGGUUGGGCAGGAUGAGCUCCAGAGAUCCAGCCCCAUGACGCUGGGAUUCUGUGUGAACAGGACCUCUCCAUCCCCUCAGGGCCAAGGCAGGAAGAACCCAGAGCAGCUUCCCAGCCCCAGGCACUGCAGGAUGCUCUGCAGCCCAUGCUGGUGAUUACCUUCCCCGGGAGCCUGCAGCAGCUGCCAGGCUCCUGAGCUGUCCUUUUGGGCGCAGACUGAUGGGGAGGUGGAGGGGGUUGAGCUACAAAGAGGAUUGGAGGCGAGGAGGCCACACGAGCACCACCUGCUGCUGCUGCUGCUGCUGCUGCUGGGGAGCUCGCAGCCGGUGCAAGUGGCUGAAGCCUGUGGGAAGGGAGCAGAGCAGUGGGGUCGUGCAGAAGCAGUUUGCUCAGGCUAGGAGAAGCAAACAGACUUCAUUUCGCAUUUUACCUUCUUGUGAAGGUGUUGGGAACCCCAGGAGUCACCAUGGCACCUGUAGAACCCUUUUUUCCUUCCAGCAGCUGAGGCAUCUCAGGGGGUGGGGGGCUUCUGAGAGCAGGGUUGCUGGUUCCUUACCCUGAUGAUGAUGAUGAUGAUGAUAAUGAUUAUUUGAGGGUUUGGGUUUUUUUUUCCCUGCCUUUUUGGCUCUGUAUUUAUUGUCAUUUAUCCUGUAAAUAUGGAAGGGGGUUGGGGUGGUAGGGGUGGACCUGAGGUCUUUGAAGGUGCAGCCUCAGCUGUUACCACGUAGACAAAUGCAUACAGUGCUUAAAGUUUACCUGUAGCUUUGCUUUUUAUAUGGUGGAAAAAAGAAAGAAGUCUAUUUAAAAACCAAUUUUAAGCCCCCCCCUCCCCUUCCCCUUCCCCAAAAUGGUUUCCUGUGACCUUCCUCCAGCCUUCUGAGGAGGACAAAAAUAGGAUUGGUCUGAGCCUUCCUCUUCCUCUCUGCCCAAGGUUGUAUCCAGAGCUUCACUUUGCAAUUAAAUCCUUUUGGAAAGA